GUUACCGUAGUGCCGCGAACGAAUUUGUACUACGAUCAAGAUAUCCGUAUACACUUUUAAAUUAAAUCGCGCGAGCAAAACGCAAACUCUCACGAAUCGCCGUCUGAAUUUUUAUUUUCAUCCGGAUGAUUGAAUCUCCGCGAGAGAAAUUCGUCGCAACUAGAUAUCAUGACGAUAGUCGGCGACAUGAGCUCGAUCUUCAUUAUUGCCCGGAUUUUGGGCUGCGCUGCUCACAGCUCCGCCGAGAACGACAUCAAGACCAGGACUCGCCGUAACGUGGUCUUCGUCGCCUUCUCGAUGAUCUUAUAUUUGAGCAGUUUCGUCCUACUAUCUAUUCAUGUGAUCAAAUUCGAAACUUCGAACCUGAUGACCGCGUUUUUCGUUCUCACGAGAGUGGCCCUUAUCUAUAGCUGCGUGUUCACGGACGCGUGUUUGACCACGUUGUGGAACAGGAAGAUCCGCAUCGUUCUUUCUCAUCUGCGAAGUUUCGACCGUAUCACGAACUUCGAUAAUUCCUCGAGACGCGGUACCGUGCGGCAUAUAUGUCGCGCACUCUCGUUCAUUACAUUAAUGUACUGGACGUUAACCGGAUACUUGAGUUACAGGUAUGGCUUUCAACAAGGGGUCGAAGCUAUAGCACCUUUACUCCGCGGAACAAUAUACGCCAUAAUCGAUGCAUCAUUGUUCACGCAGAUCUUGAUAUUCAUUUGUUUUUCGUUUCUUAUCGCCGAAAGGUUCCGACAACUUUGCAAUAUACUAACAUUUUCCGCAGGUGAAAAAAUCAUUUUAGAUUUACAUCGGCUGGAUACACGCUUCACGUUACAACAAAUAUGGCAAUUACAUUGCUAUUUGGUGAACGCAACGGAGAUGCUGAAUUCCGUGUAUGCGGUGCAGUUGCUGUUGUGGAUUUCCACUUUGUCUUUCAAUUCAAUGUCCAGAAUCUAUACAAUGAACGUUUUUCAACUGACCAAAGACGCGUUAAUAAGAGAUUCGACGAUAGUAUUCGUUUGUGGAUGGCACCUAUUCCUGAUCACAGCUAUUUGUCACGCCACAGCUCGCCAGGCUAAUCGAGUCGGGGAGAUUAUCUUUUCGCCAUCCUCAUCUGUUUCCACAAAGGGUGUCUCUCUGCAGAAAAAUCUGGAGGUGGUGGGAUAUUUCCAACUGAGGAAGGUGCAUUUCUUCACUGUGGCAGGCUUUGUACGCGUCGAUCUGCCACUUUUACUCUCAAUCAUUUCCGGCAUGACAACGUAUUUGGUGAUUGUUUGUUGAGCAUCGAGCUGUUGGAGGACUGGAAAAAAGACACGCGAGCAACGCGAUAAAAUACAGGGGCGGGAAACGGGAGACUUCGUUGGCUUUUAUUCUGUAUCGAUUGAUCUUUGGCAUCAUACAACACCUGCACAUCACACCGAUGGAACCUAUCGGUUUGCCGUAACAGAAUACGCGUGACAUUUGCCCCAUUCUUUGCGAGAAUAUUCAUGCGUUACUAAACCGUGCCGCGAUAACUGCCGUUCCAUGAUAGGAUCGACGACGUUCGAUCCCUCGUUUCUUAUUUGACGGGGAAUUUAGGCAGUAGAUGGAGGCCGGCCGAUAAAAGGC